CUGCUCAUUUUGAGAAAACAGGGGAUGGAAGGAGAAAUGGAGGAUUUUAGUGUUGAAUGUUUGGAUGAAUUGCAAGAAAUUGACUGGGAAUACGAGUAUGACGCGGCGUGUUUCUAUGAUUUCUCUACCCCGGAGUCACCUUUUCAGGCUGCACAAGCCCAACGUUGGUUUGAAACUGCAGGCAACUAUCCGCCUUCUCCACUCAUCGUAAAGUUAAAUCUGGUGAAAGACACCGCAGCAGAAGAAUGUUCACGGGGUCACUCCAGGUUACGAGAAGAGCAAACAGCAAAAGCAAGCAGCAACUCCCCAAAUAUUCACACCAGUUCUGCUGUUUCACCCUAUAAACCGAAAACUGAAGAAACAUUAUCCAUUGGUCGAAUGGCUCAUGAAAGUCCUAAAGCUAAGAUAAACUCAGAGACCAGAUCUUUCAAAGUUAGAUAUUCAACUUUAAUGAACCCCACUGCUAGUCAUUUGGCUAAACUAAGGUCCCAGAAACCACCAAGCAAGGCUGAUGAGAGAAGCUCAUGGAAUUCUUCAGGAUCUUAUAAUGCAGCUACUAAAAGACAAAAGCUAGAGAGUGGUUAUCUGCGUAAGGUCACUGUUCCUAGAGAUCCUCAACUGGAAACCAUGCAGAGGGCGCUAAGACGAAGUAUCAGGUCCAAGAAUGACUCAGAGUCAAGUGACAAUGCAAAAGCUAAAGGCCAACUUUCGAAAGUACAACCCUUGAACACAAAAAUUCUCAAAGCUCCUGUAUUACCUCCUCAUCCGAAGACCGCAUUGAGAUCUACAGAGUUUCAUGUUUUUAAGUUGAAGACUACGGAAAGGGCCUCGAGAAAUUCAUCUGCUAAUUUGUCAAACAGCCAAAACGCUGAGUCUGCGACACAUAGCACUUCUGUGGCUUUUAAAAGACCAAACAAUCAGAAUGCUGUGAAGCAGGGGAAUUCUGUAACAUCGAUCAAAUCAAAAGCUUUAAGAUACAAUAAGAUCUUCCCUAGUAGUGAAGAUACCAGAAUAUGUGAAAAUAUUAGAGAAAGAAGUACAACCUCAAUGGAUUGUAAUUCUACAGACGAUUCAAGGGUUCCAAUGCAUCCGCCAGUAGAACUGUUUAAUAAACUAUCCCUUAGAUCUGAAAGAGAAACUAGUGUAGCAUCUGAUCAGCCAAAAAUCUAUGCAUCUUGAAAGGUGCAUUUGAAGAUUUUUAAAGAAGAAUAUAUUGUUGUACCUGCUGCUAUCUGUUCAGAAAUGUAUUCGGAAGCCAAAACAGUGUGCGCCACGAGGGGCACCGCACAC